AUGUCGCUGGUUGACUACGCUUCUUCAGAUGAAGACGAAGCAGCGGAGGUUGGAGAAGAAGGAGAAGAAGAGACACACCAUUUGAAAGCUCCAAAAGAGGACGUUCCAGAGGAAUAUCCACUACCUCGACCUCUUCCUCGGAACCAAUCGGAGUUGCAGUCAACUCAAAAAACAGAUAUUGUCUCUGAUCAAUCAGAGCCUUCUGUACUGAAACUUCCGGAUGCCUCACAACUCUUCAAUUCACCUACUAUGUCAUCUCAUCUGGUUAAUGGCUCAGAUCACUCUUCUCGAGUUGCAGCUGCUAUGGCUGAGAAUGCAUCACGCAAGAGAGAGUCAAAUGGACUGGCAUCCUCUUGUCCUCGUAGUAAACUUCCAAGAGGGACCUUGCCUCAUUCAAGAAGUGUUCCAGAUACAGGAGGUGGUCUUCUAGUUCCACCACAACUUAGUGGAAGGUGAGUCUUCAAAUAAUGUUUCGUAGACAUUUGCAUGUUUACUAUCUAUUUCAUAGCUUCUCUUGGAAAUUAACUCACAACUAGAUAACAGAUUGGCUACAGCUUUGUCGAAUUAUUCAUGCCUUGCACGUGUUGUCCAUUCUGUAAUAAUGGUUACAGCGCUGUUUCGAUAACUAUCCUGGUUGUGAUGUCCCAAUUCAGGUGGUAUAUUCACGCCAUUGUUGUUUUAAUUAUAGUUUUUGAGGCAACUCAAGGUUUGAGACACCCAGGAUUGCCCUUAGCUGUUUCACUUAAAAUUCUUUUGUAAAACAGAUUGUCUUCUACAGGUUUGGAGAUAAAGAUCAGAAUCCAUCUUCCAAAUUAGGAAUAUUUUAAUAAAGCUGUUUCUUUAUUUCAAAAUGUCCUAUUUAGUGGGUCUGAAUAGUUUUUCUCUGUGCUGUAGUUUAUACAUUAUUUGUUCGUGUCUCAUAUUUUUGAAUUGUUUCAUAUCACUACCCAAGCAAUCUGGACCGGAAUAAGAUAAAGGACAAUACGAUUGCUACAUCGGCAUGUAAUGGCACAUUAUAUGGAGUUAUUAAGGAAUUUCCUCUUUAGUGCACUUAUUUCUGAAAACAGAUUGUCAAAUUUGAUCAAGAAAUGCCCACGUUUCAAGAUUAUUUUAUCAGGUCAGUGCUGGUACAGAUUUGAUGAUUAGAAGAUUAGAAUUGUAGGAAGACAGACAGACUCCUGUUGGCAAAGAGUGCACCUUUUGGAAUAUUGUGCUCUUCAAUCUAGUGACAUCUCUUACCUCUGAAAGUGCACGAUGAUAUAGAUGCGGAGUUUUCUACUUCUUGAAUGUGAGAACAGAUUAAAGUAAAACGAAUGAAAACUGAUGUGUAGAUGUCCUGCUGCGGUAGCUGACCAAGGAACCUAGUAGCAAUGCAGAGCAUAGUGUGAAGGCUUUUUGUUGGGGGUGGGGGAUAGUACUACCCUAAAAAUCUUGAACUUACUUUGUUGAGGUUCUCUUUGGUUAGCUCGAGUCCAUUUGCUUCUUCUCUCUUAUAAUUCAAACCAAGGGUAUUUUUGGUCUUUUUAGUGUUUUGCUCACAUUGGCAUAUUGGCUCAGUUCAUAUCAGUGUGAGGGAUAAAUUACCAAAUACUUUAGGUUUGAUCUUGAAGUCCAGAGGCAGAACAAUGUGUUCUGCUGCUUCUGCAGAAGCUGGUCAACAGGUUCAAGGGCUGGUUGACUGGCCUGAUUCUGUAAGCCCCCCUGCCCUGCUUUCAAUUCUCUGGUUUAACUCAAAUUCAUUUCUAUUCAAUUCUAACAUGCACCAAACUUAAGUGUGUGUGCUUCCAAACAAUAUUCAACACAUAAAUCAAGUAUGAUUACAAUUCAUUCCACAAGACUUGAUCAUCAAAUAACCAUUUUUCAUAAAAUUCAAGUCUGUAAACAUAAAUAAUCAUAAAUGCCAUAUUUUGCUCAUUUAAACAUGCUUUGGGAUAAUGAUAUUGAAUGAAGAACAUUCAUGACCCGAUAUAUAGCGGUUCAGCCCACUCGGUGUAUGUCCACUUUUCCACCACCUUGGUGGGAUUACUACAUUACAUGGGAUUUUCCGGAAACCCAAACAACCAUGUGGAUCACAAGCGAACCAACCCACUAGCUUACCCGAGUAGUACUUGCAAGGCCUUUAUCCCAAAGAUUUGGUGAAGGUUUUAUACCUAGGCUAACCCACAAUCUCUACACAACUCAAAACUCUAUACUCUCAGUUAACUCAAAGAGGGCUUAUGAGCUCCCUUGGAGCAAUGCCUCUAAAUCUUGUGCAAAGCUAGGUGUGUGGCAUGUAGGAGUGUAAUUAAAACACAAAGUAGAACACAUGGUGAGAAUUUGGCUCGAGGAUGUGAGCUUCACAGUGUGUCGCCUAGCUCUCUGUGGGUAGACGGGUAUUUUGGUGAUCGUCCUCCUUUCUCUCUCUUCAAUCUUCAGGUAGCAUAGGAGAGGGAUGAACCCAACAAUUCAUUGACCUUCAACAAUAGAAGAAAGUGAGUAUUUAUAGAGGUGAGGUUUAAUGAUUAGCUCGAUGGCUAGUUUUUUGAACCUACAGACCUUGACUGGAUCUGGUCUCAGCCCAGAAAAAGGCAUUCCACUGCUAACUCCCAAACCAAGGCAAGCCGGUUUUAUGGGUGUGUGCUUAUUAUCUUGAAGUAUUUUUGAUUGUUGAAGUCGCCCUUCGCCUUGGCUCGGUUUGACCUCGUUGUUGAUGUUGGGAAGCUCCAAGUCGAAGUUUCGUACAAAUAGCUCCUUUGCAUGAUGUAUUGGUCACGAACCAUCCUAGAGCUAUUAUCCAAAUGAUGAAAUUGUCAAUCUACGAUCUUAGACCUAACACACAGCAGAUGCAAUGGGAUCAACAAUUGUAACGAUCCUCAUAUAGCCCUUGCUUAACACUAUUGGCUAGUUUGGAUACCAUGCCCUGUGAUUCCUGACUUUUGCUGGGAUAAAUGACUUCUUGAUGACACUACCUGCAAAAAUAUUUUUUUUUUUGCUUAAAUUUCUCGUUAUGUCUUUGUUUUUGGUCUCUUUUUUUUAACUCAUGUGCAUGGCCAACAACCCUCACCCAAGUAGAAAAAGUAAGUGCAAGUUCAUCAUGAGUUGGAACAAAAUUUGUAGUUUCUUUGUUAAGCAAAGCUGAGUAGAUAAAGCUUUAGUGUUUAAUAUCCUUUUUAUCCCUCUCCAGUCUUUUGACAUUUUAUUUGCUUAAAUUGUGUUCUAUGGAGAACUUUGGCAUCCAUCAAUUGUUUUGUUAUGAAAAAAAAACUUAAGUGUGUAUUUAGGAUGGAUGUGGUAAUAAUUGUUGGGAUCAUACUAUCUAUGAGAUAACCUGAACAGACGGGAAUUGAGCAUGGACAUGAUGUGCCGUGUACAUUCAGUUUACAAAGUUUUUGUUUAUUUAAUACGCCAUUUUGUACAUAAGGUGAUCUGCUUUUGUUUCAACAUUGGUUUUACAUGUUUUCUUGUAUGCUUUUUCAAUUUUGUUUUGCAGAAGAUGAUAUUUUUAUUAUUUCGAAUUCGUUUUUGGCAGGAGCAACAUUGUCACGGAAGACAUAAGCAAGCUGUUUGUAAGAAGA